AAAAUAUCCUCACGACAUAAGGUUCGCAAUGCUAAUCACGGUGACGGAGGCGGCGUUCUACGGUAUUUUUGUCUGUCUCAUAAUCAUGUCCACAUACACGCUGGUAUCUCAAGGCCUACGACGAUCUUAUGCACGAAUUGCCCUCCUCGUCAUAACACUCACCAUGUUUGCGAUCUCAACGGCACAUCUCAUCCUCAGUACUAUCUUAUAUCUGAUACAGUGGCCUGAAAUUUGCGCCACCCUCGCACCAGACGGGUACUAUGCGAAAAUAUGGCAUAUGAGCAUGGCCAUAUCUGUGUUGAGCAGAGCACAGUACCUCAUCAGCGAUGCCAUCGUUGUGUGGCGUGCGUGGGCCGUAUGGUACGACAAUCGCUGGGUUCGUGGGUCCCUUCUGUUCUCUCUUUUCGGUACUGCAGUGACGUCCAUAUAUCUCGCCGUCCUCAAUGUUCUUUCCGACCAAACUCAGGGAGUACGUCAGUACCCGGCUCUCGAACAAAAUAUGCUCGGCACGUUCGGACUGCUUUUCACCAACUUCAGUGCCACCAUCGCCAUCGCAGUGAAGGCUUGGCUUUACCGGCGGUCAGUCAAAGAGUUUCUUAACCGCGGGAGCUCAAAAACGAAGGUCGAAGGCGUGCUUACCCUUCUCGUGGAGUCAGGAGCGGUCUACUGUAUAUACUGGGUGCUGAACUUUAUCAGUGACUUUGGGAAGUUUGGCAGCUUCGAGUUCGGGUGGCCCCAACCCAACGUCUCGGGCAUCUAUCCGACUCUAAUCAUCCUGCUCGUCGCCCUUCAGCGGUCGACUCCCGAUUCCGUUUUCACAAAUACAUCAGAGUUCCGGAAGUCUCUCGAACCUAUGCACUUCAGGGAGGCUUCCCCCACUCGCAAGAGCAGGAGAAGACCUGUUUAACGACACUCGUAUAGGUGUAGUCUCUACCCGGGUACACGAUGCUGAGCACAACGCAGUCUGACAGAUUGGGGCGUAUGCAUUAGCUUGCAUGGUGUACCUCGUGCUCUUUGGUCCUAAACUUCAGUCUUGCUUACUUUGCUCAUUCAAGCGCUCUUCGACUUCACCUACCCUCCCGUGUACUUGUAUCAUUUCCCUAGGUAGUCUCGCUCAUCUACCCCCCCUAUUCAUUCUACCAAUCAGGCUCGCAUCAAUAAUUACAUCGAGCUCCCUGCUUGAGCCUAUCCUACACUCACUUCGCCAAUGGCGGCGACAAAGAAUGCUAACACUUG